GAGCUAUGCAGUCUAUGGUGACCUGGGUGACUACAACGGGCAAACCUUGCCUUCCUUGCAGAUCGCUGCUCGGAAAGGCGAGUUGGACAUGGUGCUGCAUGUGGGGGACAUGGCGUACGACUUUGAUAGCGACAACGGCCGCAAUGGCGACGCGUGGAUGCGGGAUAUCCAGCCACUGUCUGCUGCCGUGCCGUACAUGGUGUCGUCGGGAAACCACGAGGCUGGCAACAACUUCAAUCACUACACACAGCGAUUCAGGAACAUGCCAUCCAACUCUGGGACCAUCACGUUCCCGGAGUUUGGCAAGGUGCCCAACAACUGGUGGUAUUCCUGGGACAGCGGCCUGGUCCACUUCGUGGCCCUUUCGACGGAGGUGUAUACGAACGCGGACUACUACUCCAUGGUGGUAGAGCAAUACGCCUGGCUGGAAACCGAUCUAGCUGCGGUGGACCGCACCAAGACACCAUGGGUAGUUGCUCAUGGGCAUCGUCCGCUGUACUGCUCCUGCGAUGGCGACUGCGACACGAUCGCGACCCUAAACCGGAUGGGGUUCAAGCAGCCUGAUGGAAGUUUCAAGUAUGGCUUGGAGGAGCUGUUCUAUCGCCAUGGUGUGGACAUGUACAUGGCAGGCCACGAGCACAACUACGAGCGCAUGUUUGACGUUUCUCCGAAGUGGAACCCAAAGAUGCCAUGGCUGAGCGGCAUCACCACUGAAAGCACGAUCGACCCGCCGGCCACGACAUACAUCGUGACAGGGUCCGCCGGAAACGUCGAAGACCACGAAGCCUUCACGCGCCCAGCUCCGAGAAGGAGCGCCAAGCGUUUGAACACUUAUGGCUGGUCCAAGAUGACUGUCUACAACGCCAGCCACAUCUACUGGCAGCAGUUUCAGACAGAUUCGGGACAGCCUCCGAGCACCUGGGGCCAGGUCAUGGAUGCGACAUGGCUGGUCCAGAACCACCACGGGCCCUUCUCACAGCACCCGCGCCGGAAGGAGGUAGAAAAUUCGGGGGUCGCAGGCUUGCGCCCUGUGGACACGAUCAGUGUCGACAUGUCUUUUUGGCCGUUAGGUCGUCGUCUGCAGAUGCAGUGCAAGCAUGCAGGCCACAAUCAGGCGCCUGUGUGCAGCGACCAAGACCUUUCUAAGCAGAUGGUUUCCAAGGGGCGCUGGCAGUAUACGAAGUCCAUCGACUCUGGAAACCCAGUGGACUUUGUUUAG